AUGACCCCUGGCUGGGUGCUGCUCUGCCUGCUCCCGGCGGUGCGGGCCGCGGACGAGCGGAGCUCCGGGGCGGCCCUAGCGGGCCCCAAUGCCUCACACUUCUUCUGGAACAACUACACCUUCUCAGACUGGCAGAACUUUGUGGGCCGGAGGCGCUAUGGGGCCGAGUCCCAGAACCCCACGGUGAAAGCCCUGCUUAUCGUGGCUUACUCUUUCAUCAUCAUCUUCUCGCUCUUUGGCAAUGUUCUCGUCUGUCAUGUCAUUUUCAAGAACCAGCGGAUGCACUCGGCCACCAGCCUCUUCAUCGUCAACUUGGCCGUCGCCGACAUCAUGAUCACGCUCCUCAACACCCCCUUCACUUUGGUCCGCUUUGUGAACAGCACGUGGGUAUUUGGGAAAGGCAUGUGCCACGUCAGCCGCUUUGCACAGUACUGCUCCCUGCACGUCUCCGCCCUCACGCUGACGGCCAUCGCUGUGGACCGCCACCAGGUCAUCAUGCAUCCGUUAAAACCUCGGAUCUCAAUCACAAAAGGUGUCAUCUACAUCUCAGUCAUCUGGACCAUGGCAACGUUCUUUUCACUCCCACACGCUAUCUGCCAGAAAUUAUUUACCUUCAAGUACAGUGAGGACAUCAUCCGCUCCCUGUGCCUGCCAGACUUCCCUGAGCCAGCCGACCUCUUCUGGAAGUACCUGGACUUGACCACUUUCAUCCUGCUUUACAUUCUGCCCCUUCUCAUCAUCUCCGUGGCCUAUGCCCGUGUGGCCAAGAAGUUGUGGCUGUGCAACACCAUUGGCGAUGUGACCACGAAGCAGUACCUGGCCCUGCGGCGCAAGAAGAAGAAGACCAUCAAGAUGCUGAUGCUGGUGGUGGUUCUCUUUGCCCUCUGCUGGUUCCCCCUCAACUGCUAUGUCCUCCUGCUGUCCAGCAAGGUCAUCCACACCAACAAUGCCCUCUACUUCGCCUUCCACUGGUUCGCCAUGAGCAGUACCUGCUACAACCCCUUCAUCUACUGCUGGCUCAACGAGAACUUCAGGGUUGAGCUGAAAGCACUGCUGCGCAUGUGCCAGAGGUCACCCAAGCCUCAGGAGGGGCAGCCGCCCUCCCCUGUGCCCUCCCUCAGGGUGGCCUGGGCGGAGAAGAGCAGCGGCCGCAGGGCUCCUCCAGCCAGCAGCCUCCUGCCGUCCUCCCAGGUACAGUCGGGGAGGACAGACCUGGCGUCCGUGGAGCGCACUGUGACCAUGACUUAG